CUUAUAAAAAAGUUGUGAUUUCAAAAUUUACUCUUUGGUAUUAAAAAUUUCGGGUCAAAAUUUACCGCAUUAAUUAGAAAACCAAAAUUCGUCAUAAUGUUCAGACAGACACAUCUAUUCAAUCGUUUAAAUAAAAUACGAAAUCUAAGAAGUAAUAACUUUUCUCUAACACCUCCCAUUAAAAGGAGAGACUUCCUACAUCCAGUAAAAGCACAGCGAGCAGACGUAGAAUAUAAUUUUUGCAAGUCGUCGUAUAUAAAACAAUCGGCAACCCAAUCCAUCGUUAAGGAUCUUGCCGAGUUAGGAAACCGUCAAAUGCAAACGAAAGAUUUGCGUCAACAACCAAUUCGAUGGACGGAGGAAAAACUCGCUUAUAGAGCUAAGAUAAAAACUGGAGAAAUUGUAGAGGCACUGCACAUGCAACGAGAUGAAAAACUUGGCUUAGUUCAAAGCCAGCAGAAAAAUAACAUGCCCUCUGACAAUAAAGUGACUUCCAACAAGGUUGGUGGCAGUGCUAUUAUUUAUCUCCCGGAUGGCAGAGAUUCUCGUACGACAAAGGAUUCAAAGAUAUCAGCUGUGGCAAAGGAAGCCUUCAAUGAAGUAGUUAACGAAUCAAAUAACCAAGAAAACUAUUUGCCCUAUCAGCAGAGAAUGAAAAAUUUCGAGAAUACAAAAUUAAUGUCGGCGAGAGAGUUCAAAGAAUUAGAGUUGAUGUUAUCUCCUAAGAUUAUUACAAUGACACGUUUUUAAUUUGAAUGGAACUAAAGGCAAAUCGCACUUACUUUUCAUUAAUCAAAAAUUAUUGUUAGUCAAACGUGUAGUUCUAACGAUAUGAUUUUGAAAGAAAGACUACCUAAAUUAGACAUGUAAUGUGCAGAAUAACUAUUGCCUAUGUAAACAGUAUUAGAACUAUUGAAAUACUAAUUGGAUAAUGGACAAGAGUACGAGAUACGGCCUAAUUAUCAUAGGUUGAAAAUUGUUUUGUUCAUUCAAUUCAGCUAAAUGAACAUACUAAUCCGAAUGAACAGGACUGAGAUCUCUCUUUUGUGCACAACAUCAUUAUAAGCGUGACAUAACGUACUGAAGCUAUACAAUCCAUAUUGUUAUUGUAACACUGAUUUUCAAUUGGGUCUUCAACGAACGGAAACUAUAUUGCUUGGAAAAAAUAUCUCCCUCUUAAUGCAUAUAAGAAACCCAUUUAUUCAUAAGGAGAUUUCUCGCUCACAACGAUACAGCGAUACUUAUUGCUUGGAUGGCGUUAGCAAACUUUAACUCCAUGUAAUUCCUCCGUUUUACGACCUAAUUAUCUUAGGUUGAAAAUAGUUUCGUUCAUGGAAUUCAGCUAAAUGUUUCUUAUAUGCAUGAUUUUGAAACUGCUAAUGAUUGUCAAAUUUGGAAAGAACAUAACUAAAAAUCUAUCUUUUAUGCACAACAUAAUCAUCAUAAGCGCAGCAUAAUGUACUGAAACUAUACAAUCCAUAUUGUUAUUGUAACACGGAUUCUCAACUGGAUCUUCAACGAACUGAAAUUAGAUUGCUUGGAAAAAAUGGGAGAUAUUUUUUAAUUAAGAAACUCCAUUUAUUCAUGAGCAAAUCUCUCGCUCACAACGAUACAGCGAUACUUAUCGCUUCAACGGCGGCAGCAAACGUUUGAUCUGUUAAUUUUGUACAAUAUGGUUUUGUUGUUAUGGAUCUAAAACACAGAGGUUUAAUUUAACACUAUGGAUAUAAAUAAGAUUUGGUGCUAUACAGCAUGUAAUGGCUACUAAAAUAUGAUUGAAUCAAUUGCAAUUAUUUAUAAAAAAAAAAUGGAUAAAUACUUAAAAGUAUUAUAUAUGGAACAUUAUGAAAUAU